AAGGAUAUGACCGUUUGAAACGCUCCCUCAUCUCUCAUUUCCAAUUUCAAAAUUUAAACCUUACUUCACUGUCUCGCAAAAAAACAGCCGACAUACUGAAUCAAAAAAGUAUUAAAAAUAACAACACCCAAGAAAAUUAACCAAAGCCAACGCCUCAAAAAGUUGAAACAGUCUCGACGAUUCAAACAUAACUUCUGCUCUCACAAUCUUUCUCGACAAGCUUCGUUAAUAUUCUGUUUGAAACUCCGCAGUUUCUCUGUAAGAGGGGAAAAUUAGACAACAUGUCUAAGAUGAGGUACGAUCGUAAGCCUCCGCUUGCUAAAUCGCCUAUCCGCGUACGACCCCGUCGCGUCCUCCGUUCCAACUCAACCUCCCUGCAAACCCCGCCAGGUUCUUUGACGAAAUCCCAAAAGCCGGUUCGUGCUUGGACAGGCGAAGAAUCAGUGAUUCGACCCGAAUAUCGGUCCAUUUCUUGCGAGUUACAGGCUUUGGCUACGAUGGUUAAACGUGAAGUUGGGAAUGGGGAAAAGGAAAACGCUGGUUUUGGUGAGACCAGUGUCGGCGCCAAGUCGACUAGUCUGUUUGAGAGAGGCAGGUUCUACGAGGAGUACUCGGCGAGGAGAAACGAGAGGCUUAAGAGAAGGAAAGGCGAAACCGGGACGGAGUCAAAGAGUGGGCACCAUCAUGGACUUGGUGUAACCAUUGAAUCAUCAAAGAAAAGAGAGUCGAAGAAGCUGGAGAGCUUGAGGAAAUCGGUGUCUGCUGCUUAUUCCAUGGAGAGGAAUGAGAGUCAGACUCCCAGGUAUCUGCUCCGAAGCAUGAGCAAGGCUAAUGAGAAUAAGUAUAAGAAGCCUCCCCUUGCUGUCAAUAAUUACAACUCGUCUAUGUCUGUGACAGGCACUGCAAGCAAAACUACGACUAGACGAGUUGGUACAAGGGUCUGAAAAUUGAAAACUGGAUUUCUCUUAGGCUUUGUUUUUUUUAAAGAAAUUUGGGCUUCCAUUUUUUUUAAUGGAUUAUGAUUAUGCUUUGGAUUUAGUAGGUAAAUGUUUUUGUUUGAUGAAUAUGAAUAGGAGAUGCUCAAAUAUUUGUAGCA